GCCAAUGCUGCAACGAUAACCAUGAGCACCGAAACUGUCCAAGAAUUGUCGCUGGCCCUCAGCGUUUCAAGCACAGGUACGCUCAAAUAUCCAGCAGUCACUGAGACUACGUCACAAUUCAUGGCUCAUACCACCAACACAACAAAGAGCACAUCAAUCGCAACAGAAGCUAGACAGACCGCAAAGGGUACCGAUGCAGCUACGGUGGCGACAAGCUCCAUAACAGUGCCCUCGACCUCUAGCCCUAGUAUAGGCGAAAAAUCUACAACCCUGGCAAAAAAGACGACUACAAGUGGAGAUGCUAUAAGGAUUAGCAGGGGCUUUGAAGCAACGCCAAAAUCGUCGUUUGCCCGUAGCCCUACUUUCACCAGCAGACCUACAGCUCUGAAAAUAGCUGACGGCACCUCCACGAGUACAGAUGUUGAAAGAAAUCGUGCAGCAGUUGCAGUUACGUCACCUUUUCCCUCUUAUGUUAGCAGCUCCACUAUGAGUACAUCAGGUGCAAUGGAGGCGGAACAAACCGCAAUGAGUUAA